AUGAGGCCCAACGCUCCCUCGGCGCUUCUCGGCGCCCUCCAAGGCCUCAGAAUCUCUGCGGCGCCAUCAGUAAACCCCUUUGGCGCUGCCAUCCGACCCCAAUUGACCAAGCCACUGGUCGCAUCACACAUCCUCCGCGAGGCCCGCCCGUUCUCGUCGACGACUGCUAGGCAAGGCAACUGGCUCGAACCCUCGAUCGACCGAACGAAGAAGAUGAUGAAGGGACGGCCUCGUGUGGCAACCGGAGGAUCGACCAAGGGCACGACUGUGAUCUGGGGCGAUUAUGGCCUUCGCAUGAAGGACCACCACCGAAGAAUCAGCGCGAAGCAAUUAAAGAACGCCGAGGACACCAUCAAGAUGAGAUUGCGUGGUCAGAAGUACCGUCUGUACAAGAGGAUAUGCUGUAACGUCGGAGUCUACGUCUCCGGUAACGAGAUGCGUAUGGGUAAGGGUAAGGGUUCUUUCGAUCACUGGGCUGCGCGUGUGGCAGUAAACCAGAUUGUUUUUGAAAUCAAGGGAAUGCUUCACGAGGCUGUUGCGAAGGAUGCGUUCCGCCUGGCCGGUAACAAGCUGCCUGGUCAAUGGGAAUUCGUCCACAAGGGAGAGGCCCCGGUGGUUGGAAUUACGAAGCUUGAUGGAGUUACACACCAAACAACCGCAAUGGCUCUCAUCGUCGACAAACAUAGACCUCGGUCACUAGAUGCCCUGACAUACCACCAGGAACUGUCAGAUAGGCUUGGUUCGUUGGCGCAAAGCGGUGAUUUCCCCCACCUUCUGGUAUACGGCCCUUCGGGCGCGGGCAAGAAGACGCGCAUCGUCGCCACGCUGAAGGAGCUGUAUGGACCUGGCGUAGAGAAGAUCAAGAUCGACGCACGAGUGUUCCAGACAUCGAGCAACCGCAAGCUCGAAUUCAACAUUGUCGCCUCCAACUACCAUCUCGAAAUCACACCUUCCGAUGUCGGCAACUAUGACAGAGUCGUGGUCCAGGACCUUCUGAAAGAGGUGGCGCAGACACAACAGGUCGACCAGUCGGCAAAGCAGAGAUUCAAGGUUGUGGUGAUCAAUGAGGCGGACCACCUGACAAGAGAUGCGCAGGCGGCUCUGCGUCGGACGAUGGAGAAGUACUCUCCCAACUUGCGAUUGAUCCUCCUUGCCAACUCGACGGCCAACAUCAUCGCCCCUAUUCGAUCGAGAACGCUGCUGGUCAGAGUUGCUGCCCCCAGUCACGAGGAGAUCUGCGAAGUCCUGGCAGUAUCGGCAAAGAAGGAGAAUUGGCCCAUGGUCAAGGGCUUGCACAUGAGGAUAGCACAGGAGAGUGGCAGAAAUUUGAGACGAGCUCUUCUCAUGUACGAGGCAGUUCACGCCCAGAACGAGAAAGUUACAGACACCACACCAAUCCCGCCCCCAGAUUGGGAGGCGCUCAUCAGCCAGAUUGCGAGGGAAAUCGUCGAAGAGCACACCCCGGCACGGAUCCUCCAGGUGCGGGCGAAGCUGUACGACCUCCUGACGCAUUGCAUACCGCCAACGACUAUUCUCAAGACCCUCACCUUCAAGCUUAUCCCUCUGAUUGACGAUGCCCUCAAGGCCGAGGUGAUCAAGUGGUCAGCGUUCUACGAGCACAGAAUCAGGAUGGGCACCAAGGUCAUCUUCCACUUGGAGGCCUUUGUGGCGAAGUUCAUGAGAAUCAUGGAAAUGUACUUGAUGAGCAUGGAUCUAUAA